AUGCCAGUUGAUUUCCUCGCAAGCGUGGUUCUUGAUGGGCCACAGGUUAUACCUUACUGGGACCGGAUCAAAGAGCAUGGUCUCACCGUCCUCCCCAUAGUUGGGUCAAUCGCUGCUGCAAAAUAUUAUUUCCGAGGAGCCUCCAACACUUGGGAAAGAGAUAUGCACGGGAAAGUCUAUAUUGUAACCGGUGGCACCAGUGGUGUUGGGGCAGUGCUAGCAUACGAGCUUGCGCUCAAAGGCGCACAGCUAGUCUUGCUAACGCGGAGGACAAACGAUCUCUGGCUUGCAGAAUAUAUCGAGGAUUUGCGUGAGAAAACCAAUAACCCGUUGAUUUACGCUGAAGAAUGCGAUUUGAACUCGCUUUACUCGGUGCGUAAGUUUGCCACCAAGUGGUUGGAUAACCAGCCGCCACGGAGACUCGAUGGGGUCAUAUGUUGUGCCGCGGAGUCGAUUCCUCGCAAUUCGCAAAGACAAAUCACCGUUGAUGGAGUGGAAAAGCAAAUCGGCAUCAACUACUUGGGCCACUUCCAUUUGCUCACGCUCUUGGAGCCCAGUUUGAAAGUGCAGCCGCCUGAUAGGGACGUGCGCGUAUUGAUUGCCACUUGUUCGUCGCAGAAUUUGGGCGACGUCGACUUGGAGGAUUUGUUGUGGGAAAACAAGAGGUACCCCGUUUCUCAGCCUUGGAAAUUGUACGGAAGCUCGAAGCUCUUAUUGGGGUUAUUUGCUAAGCAUUAUCAAAAAAUAUUGAUGGCUCAUGAACGUAAAGACCAAGCUCCAUGCAAUGUUCGAAUCAAUAUGGUCAACCCCGGUAUAGUGAGAUCUCCUUCCACGAGAAGAUUCAUCUCUAUGGGCUCGCUCUGGGGUUUGUUGUUGUACGUGCUCAUGUUCCCCAUAUGGUGGAUCUUAUUAAAGAGCUGCAGCCAAGGAGCACAAACUUUUUACUUUGGAUUGUUUGCUCCUAUAAUUAUGAAGCUUGAAGGUGGCAAUAUCCUUCAAGAGUGCAAAAUCAACACCAAGGUGAGAAAGGAAUUGUUGGAUGAAAGUUUGCAGGAGAAAGUGUAUCACAACACCACGGAAUUGAUCAAGAAAUUGGAGACUCAAUCUGCCAGGGAAAGGAAUAAGAACAAGACUCCCGAACAGCUCAAGAGGGAGAAGGAUGAGAAGUUGAAGCAGCAAAGGGAUUUGAACGUCAAGCCAAAGUCCGAUGAAGAGUUGGAGCAGAAACUAAAGUCCUUGAGAAGUCAAAUUGGACUCGGAAUGGGUGGUGCCACCACUACUACAAAAAACGCCAGCGGGACCGUGGAGGAAUUGCCGUUGUUCCCUGAUGAUGAAGCUUUAAAGACAGCUAAGGAAGCCAGGCAUAGCAGCGGAUCGAGCAAACCCGCCACUGGCUCGUCUCUGUCUAAACUGAGUGCUGGGAAACGGAAAACAAAGAAAACGUAA